AUGGAGCGACAGAACAUCUACGGUGGCCUCCUUGGUCAGGGAGGUUCAGGUCCGUACCCCACUGGGUCGUACCCACACAGCAGCAGACACGCUUCUGAGGAUGUCCCAUACAUGCCAGACGCGAGUGGGCGACGCGGAGAUGUUUAUUCCGAACACCAAGACCAGAGACUGAUGUUGGGGUCUGAUAUGUACGGCCAAGACUACGGUCGACUUUCUUCCAACCCCCAUCUCGGACUCUCACCAGACGCUGGCUCUGCGUUCGGACCCGAGCCCUUCCCUCCCGACUUCAACCCGAACCAUUCGUAUUCGAUUGCUAGCUCGAUGCAACAAGGUUAUCACUCGGACUCCCGGAGCUCUUCAAAUUACGGCUACUCCCACCAGAGCUCUAACUACCAUGGCUCCCGCUCGUAUUCCGCGCCUUCCGGCCACCAGAACUAUCGCGGCUCUUCCGGCGACAACGUGGUUUCGCUUCACCCCAGCGUGUUGAGUGGAUCCGAGGCCAGCAAUUCCCAAUCUUUUGCCAACCAACCGCUCCCUGAGCCUGAGGAGUAUUUGCGCCAAAAGCUCCAGUUGCCACCAGGCGUUCCGAUUAACCUCUGGGCCUUGGCUGAUGGGGAGCCUGGUCAGCGUCCACCCCACCCUUACCCACUCUUGGUAAGCGUGGCAAUCUGGGGCAGCCCCCAGAAGCGAUUGACCCUCAAGGGCAUCUAUCAAGCCAUUGAGGAGCGUUUCGAGUACUAUCGAAACAACCCCAAAGGAGCAUGGAAGGGCUCAAUCCGUCACAAUCUCUCCUUGAACCAAGUGUUCAGGAAUGUUACACGACCCUUGACCGAGCCUGGAAAAGGCAACUACUGGGAGAUCGACCAUUCCAAAGGCCAAGGCUACAAGCGUGACCGAAAGCGGAAGAGCAGGAAGAAGAGCGGCAGCCAGGAUCGCGAGGACCACAGCGAGGAAGACUUCAGCAGCGAAGGGCACGAGUUCGCCGUCGACAACGUUUCCCGUGGUGACCGUUCGUUCGACAACCUGCCCGGUACUUCGGCAGCACACGCCCGUGCCAACAGUCGUGCUCAGCGCAGAUCGUCCCCUUAUGGAUCCCCAACCAUGACCGGCGGCCCUCUAACAACGUCGCCCCGGACUCACUCAAUGCCCUCCCUUCACGAACCCUCCGGGAUGUACACACCCAACUUCUCUCCGUCCCAACUGCCCCCUCAAAUGGGAUACUCCAAUGCGGGCCAUGGCCGCCACCAAACUGGAUCCCUCAGCCCACCCGAGAGUUUUCUAGGGCAGUUCCAUGAAUCAGACGUUGUGUCGUCCCCAGAAGGUUCUGCCGACUAUGCAUCUUCGGGAUACGACGACUCUAACUACGUCGCAACAUCCAGCCAUAGCUCCAAGGGAAAGGGAAAGGCCUGA